AUAUCUAACCAGGGUGAGGCGCUGUUAUGACAGAUUACGAAGUACCGCUAUUUGGUGGAGGACUAUGUUGUGAAAUCUUUCAAUUAGUUAUAUUUUUGAUAAAUAGUUACAUUUUUGGGAUAUUUUGUCGAUUUCGUUGAGGACGCAAUGAACAACUUGACCGGAGGAUGGAACUUUUCAACGACGCAAAUGUUUUGUUGAGGACUGUUGUGUUUUAUUCUCUGACUGGUUAGCUACUAGCUAGCUAGCCAAGUUGGUGUUAAUGGUUAGCUACUGUAGCUAGCUAGCUAACCCUAAAAAGUCACGUCUCCAGCUGGCCGCCUAACCUAAUUUCCCUUAAAAGUUAUUGUAAGGGAUAUAUCUCUCUAGUUGACAGUAUUGGUCAAGUAUGUGUUUGUUUAGCCUUUGUGCGACAACAGGAAUUGCGUUUGAGUACUUUAUAAGGUUAGCUAGUUACGAAUAGUCGCUUGCUAUAACUUGAGCCAAGUCUGACUUCAUCUAACAAAAAUGAGAUAGAGGGACGAGACCAAGGACAUUUCCCGCUGAUUUAGCUGCUCUGAAUUGGACCGUAGGAUUUGUGUGUGAGGCCUGCAGGUCGGGCUUUCACCCUGAUAGAGUAGGGCCGUACGCCGCCUCUGAGCGCUCCUAAGCCAGCAGCUCGCGCUGCUAGGCUGGAGGCCGGUGAUUUCAAGAAAUGGAACGAAUGGAAGUGGACCAGUGCGCAGGCGCAGCUGCCGGGAGCGGAGGCGGGGCUCUUCGUAGAUCGAACAGCGCCCCCAUGAUCACGAGUGUCAGCGAUGGUAUGACAGUGUUCAGUCCAACUAUUUCAGCCCGGUAUCGACGGAGCAGUGUCUCUGUCAACCCCAGCUGUCCUUCUCUGGCCGUCCCCCUGUCCCCUUUCUCAUUGGGUGGUGAGAGACCAGACCACAAAAGGCAGGAAGAGAAUAUGGAGAUGACACUCAGGGGGAGUCUUCAGAGACUGAGUGCUUCCAACCUGGUCCCUCCUGUCAGUCACUGGCAUGACAAUUCAUCAGUGGGAUUCCAUUUACCGGACAGUGGUGUCACACCCAAUUCGUCCCCUAGUCCAACUCGAAGGUUUAGGGGGCCAACAGUCAGCUCUACUGUGAGAUGGCCUGCCCUGACUCCACUGAAAAGGAAAGGAGGAGUGGAGUCUGAUGGUCCGCCGAAGAAGCUGUUUGUUGCCGGGGUAACAGAUCCUGCUCACCGAACUAGUUACACAGUCAGUGUGUCUCAGGCAUCUGCAGACUCUCCUACAGGUGGUGUGUCUGUGUGUGGUGCUAGUACCCAGGGUAGUACCCUGUACCUGUCUCCUCCCCCCUCAUUCACCUCUCACCAGCCCAAUAUCUAGAAACCACAACACCAGCAGCCUAUCACAGACCAGGACUACAGUCAGUCCUAGAUUCUACUCACAGCCUAUCAGAACGCUCCUCUCCCUCAAACCAUCAGAGCCUUGGGGAUACUCAUCAUAUUCCUUGGCUCCUGACGUAAUCAUGUCUUGAGUUGUAAUCAAGAUAAUAUAUAGAUGUUACACAAAGACUGGCACCUGUGCUUUGUUAAUCAGAAGGUUGCAUGAAAUGCCCUGCCAAAGGAAGUCGGGUGAAGAGACUAUAUUUUUCCUUGUUGGGCUUUUGUUUAUAUCAAAGUUAGAGGUGUUAAAAGGCCUUGUCCGGAGUUGUGUUCAGGGGUAAUGGUGAGGGCACGUUGUAAUCCCACUGAACGAGACCCAAUAGUCCUGUAUUUUUUGAUAGUCCAGAAGUAAGCGCUCAAAAAUGAGACAUGAAGACAAGGUGUCACAGCAGACUGUCGAGCCAGCGGUGGCUCAGUUUGUCUAUGUGAAUAGUGUAUUAAUAUGUGAAUACUGAUAUAAGCAGGGCUGCCUUUAAGGCAGGACUGGGAGUUGGUUCUCUGGCUGAGGGGGUUUGUUCUGUAGAUAUAGAAUCCCUAGGCAAAGCUCUGCCCAGAGGACCCACCCAGUCCUGGUCCUUUAUGGCCUAAACCUAAUGAGAGAUUGGCAUGAAUACUCACCUCUUGACAGGUGUGUGUGAACUUUAGUUUGAUAGAAGGGACCUCGACUGGUGAUCUCAGUCCUCUGGGUAGAGCGUGAUAUUACCCUUUCUCUACAUGCAUACUACUUUAAAAAGGGUAGCCUGUGGGGUGUUAUCAAAUUUUCCCAUUGAUUACAUGAAUGUUAUUAUUUGACUUCUGUAAUGUGGUAUGGUUGUACAUGCUCAGGACCCUCAUAGAUAUUGUGAAAUAUCAUAAGUGACAUCAUGGGUAUAUCACGUGGUUUGGGUUGAUGUAAUCUAUGGGAAAGUUCUGUUUUUUAAUCCCAUGCAUGAGUCUGUGACCUCCAGACCUUUUGACUUGUGAAAUAGAGUACAAGCUGCUUAGAGAAGUGUCUUAUACAAAAACAAAUAAUGUUAUUGAUAGUAACUAUGUGUAAUACUCUUCAAAUGCCCUUUCCAGAGCUGAGCUUUACAGCAACAGACAGAUUAUUUUCUCUAAAUCUUGUCUCCUUUUUGUGGAUGGAACAUUCUACUUCCAAUUAAGAUUUUGCACAGUAUUAGUUUCACAUUAUUAAUCAAUAUUGCUGUUACACAAAUAGGAUCCUGAUUAAGACAUGCUGUUGCGUUGUAUAUUUGUUGCUUAAUUUGCUCAUUUCUCAUUGGGUCUCUGUCCUGUCUCAAAGAAGUGCUUAGGUCAGCAAGGGUUGAGGGUCAUCUUCUGAUCUUAACCCCAGAUUUGUUUUUCCUCAGUGACAAUCAGUGAAUUUGGAGGGAAAUAAAAACUCCAGUUGUUUUAA